CUGUCGCUGCGAUCCGGGCCCUGGGCUGUGGGCGCCCGGGCGCCGGAGGCUUCCUGGUGCGCUCCGCCAGGAUGGCAGUAGGUCUGUGUGUGCAGGUGCUGUGCAGCCUGGGUGGCUGGCUCUCCCUCUAUAUGUCUCUCUGCGGCCUGAAUAAGCACCGAAGCUGUGAGUGGAGCUGUCGGCUUGUGACCUUCACCCACGGAAUCCUCUCUAUAGGCCUGUCUGCUUACAUUGGCUUCAUCGAUGGUCCUUGGCCUUUUACCCACCCAGGCUCACCGAACACACCUCUCCAAGUUCACGUUCUGUGUCUUACCUUGGGUUACUUCAUCUUCGACUUGGGCUGGUGCAUCUAUUUCCAGUCUGAGGGCGCCCUGAUGCUGGCUCAUCACACACUGAGCAUCUUGGGGAUCAUCAUGGCCCUCGCGCUUGGGGAGUCUGGCACAGAGGUCAACGCCGUUCUCUUUGGAAGUGAGAUCACCAACCCGCUGCUCCAGAUGCGAUGGUUUCUCCGGGAAACUGGCCACUAUCACAGUUUCACAGGGGACGUAGUGGACUUCCUCUUUGUGGCCCUGUUCACGGGUGUGAGGAUCGGUGUAGGUGCUCAUCUCCUUUUCUGUGAAAUGGUCUCACCCACACCCAAGUGGUUUGUGAAGGUUGGGGGAGUGGCGAUGUACGCUGUGUCCUGGUGCUUCAUGGUUAGCAUCUGGCGCUUUGCGUGGAAGAAAAGCGUCAAGAAGUACCAUGCGUGGAGAAGCAGACGGAAUGAGGAGCGCCAGCUAAGACACAAUGGGCAUCUCAAGACACACUAGCUAAGGCUUGUUCCUAGUCAAUGGGUUGUGUUGAACUGGCCAUGGGACCAGGGUCAGAAACAGAGCUGAGCUUAUUAUAGGGCUUGAAAAGUGAGCUUAGUAGAGAGAGCACGUAGGUUUUGAAAAAGAGCUAAAGGUGAUGCUUAUCACUUCAGUCAGUUUCCAGGCUAAGCACAUGUUGUCUUGAAACACCUCCCCCUCAGCGAUGAUUGACAAGUGGGCGGGACUAUAUAGUGAUGACCGUUGUCUGUUGUUUUUGGGUCCCUAUGUUCAUGGGAGGUCUUGUUGAGUCAAAUCAGUGCUGUUUCUUGUUCUUGGAAAUAACUCCUUCCCCACACCUACUCUGGAGUUCUGGGAGAUAUUUUAAGUAUAUUCAUCCCAUGUACUGUAAAGGGAGGGACUCUCAGAAAGGGACAUGGGUUAGGCAUCCAAGCAUCUGUGCAUUGGAGCUGUUAUGCCAAGAAGGGCAGAGAGGUGGGAGGGAAACUAGCAAAGGCAGGAACUUCCCACUGGGCCUCCCUUCACGGACUGUGUCAGAGGUUCCCGAGGACACCCUUGGCUUCUCCCAAGGGCACCCUUGGCUUCCAUGAUUCAUCAAGAAGACUCGGGGCUUUGAUCUAGGACAAUGACAGGAUACAGAGACGACUCAGCAAAGGGAAAAGGAACCUUUGUCAAAGCUUGUGGGAUCUAAGCACCAGUCUCUAAAGUCUCCUGCUUGGAUAUACAGGAGUGAUUCAUGUCGACACACAUGAAAGUCAUCAAACACUCGGAGUCCGGAGCUUUUAUGGCAAUAGGUCAUGUAGGCACCUUCCAAGUAGCACAAGGCAAGAUUCAAGAUUCCCCAAAGCAGUCAUUUGGCAGAAGCCAUACUGUUGUUUUGGAAACAGUUUAGGAGCAGUAAGGCAAUCCUAAUGUUACAAUGUUACAACGUUACAAACAACGUUACAACGUUAUAAGCAGGCCUUUGCAAGGAUAGCAGCUUAGGAUUCCUGCUUCAACUGUGUGUGCACGAAAAGUGUAGAGCUGGCGCUUUGGGUGCCAGAUGAAUGAGGUGUGGGUAGAUUUAGAUUUACGUGGUCCAGUUGUACGGGUUCUGCCCUACCAGGAAAAGUAUGCCAGUUCUCAGGGCUUUUGUGAAUUAAUCUGCUAGGCAUGAGAGGCCAUGGCUAAAUUCCACGGGGAUUUACCAUGUGGAUUCCACUGUACUUGAGAUGGAGUUCAGGUUUCAGCUCCUGGUACAUACUGCAAACUAGAACCAAAGAUUUUAAUGUAUGUAUUGGCCUCAGGCUAUUUCCUUCCUCCCUUCCUUCCUUCUUCCUCUCCCUCCCUCUUUUCUUCCUUUUUUUUUGUUUUAGAUACACUUCCCCCCUUUUUUUUUUUAAUCAACUUUUCCCUUCUCCUGAGAUGUGGUCUUGCUUGUAUAGUUCAGGCUAGCCUUGAACUCUGUUCUCCUGCUUAACCCUCCUCAAUGCCAGGAUUACAGUCCUGUGCCACCAUGUCUAGCUCCAUCCAGUGUAGGGCUUUAAUGUGGGAAAAAAAAAGAGUAUUAUUUGCUAAUGUAUUUGCUAUCUUUACCAUGUUAUUUAGAUCAGUGGUGACUGGUUAGUUCAGGUGGUAAGCCAGGAAAUGGUGCUACUGAAGGAGCAAGGUUAAAGGUUAGCGAGUGAUGUCAGUUCAUUCUAUGGUCACUGGAGACACUAACCCAGUGAGUGGUAUUAGCUACACCAGUCAUGGGGGAGGUUGGAGACACAGACAUUCUUGCAAAUGGAAAGGUACUUUAACAACGGGACCUUUGAGGUGACAGUCAUAUAGCGAAAGAGGUGUCUUUUAGCUGUCGACCCCUUGUUUUUGUUUUCUGAACAGAUGGCACCAUGUCCCCCUUUCUCUGACAUAUGCUGGUGGUGUGUUCCUUUCCAGCAAAAUUGGGGGCAGAACUGGAAACUGGGGAAUGCUGAUUUCAGCAAAAGCAUAGCCAAAAAGAGUGGCUUGGCACACGGGCAUAAAGAAACAACAAAACAAAACUGGCUUUUGUAUUUUGGCACCGUGUAACCUGCUCCAGACCAGACAAGUGAGCAGGCUUAAUCUAAUACCGGCCCCUUUCUCCCUCCCUCCUCAGAAGUAAAGGAUUGUAGAUCUUUCUAUUUGAGGCAAACUCAAGGAAAUGCUUGUAGGGUUUUGUUUUGUUUUUUUAAAUUUAUUUUUUGAUAACAAGACACCUGAACAAGGGAUAAGUGGGGAGGAAUUCCUCAUUUCAGCUCUUCUUGAUGUUCUAAUUAGUAACUAUGAGGAAAUUCAGAGAUUUAAAACCCCGUGGAGAUGACUCAGCAGUUAAGAGGCUGCCUGUUUUUUAUGACACAGGUAAAGGAAGGGCAGAUUAGUGUGUGAUGUGUCCCCAAACACAAAAGGGAACACUUAACUUGCAUUUGAAUUACUGUGUAAUCAUCCCUGAUAUUGCUCAAGAAGGAUUUAUAUUUCAAUACGAUUUGUACUAAAUUUUAUAAAAAUAAAAUAACUUUAUACAAACCUGGA